AUGUACAAGCCUGGUGAUACUCCAAAAUCGAUUUUUGAGAAAUUGAACGCCUCAUUCGAUCCGGAUCACUUUUUGUUAGUCUGCAAUUUUAUAAUCAAAUUUUAAAUGCAAUUUGAUUCAGGGAGCCCUAUUUGUCCGGAGAUGUUCGAGAAUCAUUCAGAGAAUCCACUGAAAUUCUGAAAAUUGUCCAGAAUUUGGUAAAACUCCAGUUGUUUCAAAUGCUUUUCGAACAAUUCAAAUUUUCAGAGCGACACAGAGGCCUACGAGCUAUUGGCGGAUAUCAUCGUAAAAAUGACAUUUAUCGAGCGAAAUUUAUGCGAAAAUGGAGCCCAGACGGCCGAAGAAUUGAUGACGACUCUGCAGGAAAAGUGUGAAGACGGAAAAGCGGUUUGUUUUUCAAAAUGCUCGCAAAAAAACGCGUUUUUUUUGUUUCAGCCGAAUCCGUUCUCAUGCCCGGCCGAAAUUGCCGAGUUUUGCGACCAAAUGUCUCCGAUUUUUUUGAAAGACAAAUUCACGCGAAAAUACAAAAAUUCAUCGGCGGCCUUUCGAAUUUUGGUCGUCGAAAUGCGUCAGUUUCUUCUCAAAAAUGGAACGGCGGAUCGAAAGGAUUUCCGGAAAGUGUGCGAUUUAUGAGAUGCAUAAGAUUGCUUUCAAAAAAGUCGUGUUUCAGUCUAAAUUCAAUGCAAUCGAAAUGGAAAACUAACAACGAUUUUCUCAAAUACGAGCAUCGAAUCGAUUGUGGAGUGCCCAACUCGAUGAGCUCGAAAAUUCCCGAUUGUUUUGAGUACGGUAAGAAAAUUGAACAUUGCAAAACGUUGUGCACCUAACUUUUGCCGUUGCUUCGAGAUAAUUAUUAUUAUUUUUUCUUCAGACUUUGCCACGGCAACUCUCCGUCUGAAACCGGCAGGCACCGCCCAUCUUUCCCUCAUUCUUCCCGUUCUUUUCUUGAAUGCAGACACGUAUUUCCAGCACAAACAGGAUGAGAGUCGGGUCGUCGAGCGACUGAUGCAAAUGAUCCGCACCGGAUACAUGCAGCACAGAGUGCGUAACCGCAAUUCGAUUUUUAGGGGUUUUACUCAAUUUGAUCUGAGUAUUGGCUCAAACAUAUUUUGAAUUUUGCUGCUUGGCGCCAAGAAACAGCUGGACUUUUCUAGACCAAAUUCGCCAAAACUCCAUCUUUCUUCUAGCCAAACAGGAAAAACCGUUGAAACAAUGAAUUUCUGUGUGUUUUUGAAAACAGUUAUGGGGUUAACUGUGAAAAAAUGAUUGUUUUCGGUUUCACGGUCUCCCAGGGCGCUAAUGCUAAACACAGUGCGCUCGUAAGUUGCGGAGUGUCGUUGUAACUUUUGAAAAUUUGCAGGUCUGAAAAUGCAGUUCAAUUCGAGUUUACGACCUUUAUUUCUUUCUUUUUGACUUGAAAAACGUCUAGAAAACAAUAUUUUACCGAUUGGAAACCGUCCUUUACAGAAUUUAGAGUUUUUCAUGUUUUUAGCGUCUUUUUCGCAUUUCGUCAAAACUUCAAACCUUUAUAUUUCAGCUCAUUUUGCAUUUCAUGAGCCCAACGAACGAUAAAAAUGUUCGCUGAAUCUUUCUUCACAAAAUUUAGGUUCCGGCGGUUAGUUUUCUUGAGCAGUUUUCGAAAACUAUUCUAAAAACAUCAAAAUCCAGGCCAAAACCUUCAAAUCGAAAUAACUCGGCUAAUUCUCAACGAUAUGUGAGAUUUCUGUUACGAAAACGUAGCUAGUGCUCUAAUUAUUCGGAUCCAGGUUCCAGGCGCACAAAAAAAUAGCUGUAUUGUAUAGAAAACAUGGAAAGAACGCGAACUCCCGUUGAAAAUUAAUUAAUCGGCCGCCGCGUAAAUCGACACAACCAAGUGCGCCCCAUUGAAAUCAUUCGCGCCGUGGGAGACCGUGGGUUUUUUUGUUUUUUUACGUCAAAAAAUCCAAUUCAGCGAUGUAAAAAAACGAAAAAAAAACGGAAAACAAACAUAGCCCCAUUACGUGCCAGCCUUUUUAAACAUUGGUUUGCAGGGACGAGUGAGCGAGUUGUCGAUGAAUCCGUCUUCGAUUUCAGUCGAACCGAUCGUCAUGCGAAAAGAGUUUCCGAUGCCGACGAAUGACAGAGUGAGCGCAAAUCCAUCGUGGAAACAUUUCCUUUCGAGGAGAAUGGUGAGCAGUGUAGAUUGUUUCCUAGGCUUCCUAGAGAAUGUUCUGAGAAAAUAGAGGGAGAUUCUGAGGCCUGAACUUUGAGUCAAAGUCUUUGACCCACUUGCAAAAAUCCGAUCGGGCCCAAAAUAAAGUAUUUUGGGUCCGAGUUGCAGACCAAUUAUACGGGUUUUGUGAAAAUGCUACUAAAAUCCAAGUGCAUUUCAAUUCUUGCAGCUAAUCACGAAAUCCAUGUGCGCGCCCAACUGGCCCCAAAAGUACAAGAUGUACGUGCGCACGUACCGCGCAUUCGAGGGCGAUUUGCUGUUGGGCACUCUGCCCCGUCCCGACCACUCGAUCCAAUUGAAGUUCGCCGCGAUCGACAGGGACCGUCUGUUGUUCUCGUCGCUCAUCGCUCGUAUUAUACGACAUGCGGAAAAGCAGAAGUUGGUUCGACGGAUUGUGGACAUGGAAAAGGAGACGGAGAAGGAGGAAGAGGCGGCCGCGGCGGCGAAAAACUGUUCAGAUGAUGACAGUGACGACAGUGACGAGGAUGAGUGGCGACGAGCCAGUCAUUUCCGUACUUGA